AUGGCGCAGAACAGAACAGAACCGAACCGGGUCGCAACUAAGCGGAAAAAGUUUUGCUGCUGUACUCGGAGUCUGAGUCAGAGCUGUGAAGACUUCCUGGGGGUGAAGGGUCAAAGGUCAUCGCAGUGCAGCCACUUUCUGCUCCAGAACGUUCCCAGUCCGCAGCAGAACGUUCCUCGUCUUCUCCAGCGGCUCACCUGGACCGAGGGCGCCCCCUGCUGUUCAGCCUGUCCGAAACGAUGGAGCCCAGUAACAGACUGGGAAACACGGAGGAACAAACUGGGAAUGAUGCUUUUAUUUUGGAGGGCCCUCCCUCACCUGGCAGCAGGUGGCCCCGCGCUCCUGGCAUCACUCACCUGGAACCGGCCCGGCCCGGUUCCAGGCCGUCCGGUACCUGGGCCAGGACUACGAGGCUCUGAAGCGGCGCUGCCUGGAGACGGGCCGCCUGUUCCCGGCGCUGGGCUUUCUGGGCGUCAACGGUUUCCUGGCAGCGACCCACGGACCGGGUCAAAUUGGACCUGCUGGGAUGAGAGGAGCUCCAGACCACCCGGAACCGGACCCGGACCAUCGUCCUCUCUGAACGUCAGAACCAUCGGCAGCCGGAGUUCUUGGUCUCCGGAGCCUCCAGAACCAACGUCUGCCAACUCUGGGCGACUGCCAGCUGUCAUCGCCUCACUGACCCUGAACCAGGAGGUUCUGGCCCGAGUCGUCCCGGACGACUCGAGCUUCAGGGACGGAGACUACGCUGGGUUCUUCCACUUCCAGUUCUGGCAGUUUGGUGAGUGGGCGGACGUGGUGAUUGACCAUCUGCCGACCCGAAACGGAGAGCUGCUGUUCGUCCAUUCGACUGAAGGAGGAGAGUUCUGGAGCGCCCUGCUGGAGAAGGCCUACUCCAAGUUGAACGGCUGCUCUGUCUGGAGGAAGCACCACUGAGGACUUUGAGGAUUUUACCGGCAGCAUCGCGGAGGGCCAUGAGCCGGCCCGACCCGACCCGGUUCCACAUCAUCCAGAAAGCUCUGGGCCGAGGGUCGCUGAUGGGCCGCUCCAUCGACGUGAGUGAACCACCUGUCUGUCGGACCCAUGGUCAGACCCGGUUCUGUUUCAGAUCACCAGCUCGGCCGACUCUGAUGCCGGUCAAAGGCCACGCCUACUCUGUGACAGGUGCAGACCAGGUGAGGAUCUGCCCACAUCGACCCCGCCCUGGCCAGGUGGGCCAGGUGAGUAACUCUGCUUGUGAUUGCCUGCAGGUGGAGUACCAGGGCGACAUGGAGAAGCUGUUCUGGAUCCGGAACCCCUGGGGUCAGGUGGAGUGGACCGGCGCCUGGAGCGACAAGAGGUGUAGAACCUCAGAGGUUCUGAUGGUCUCCAUCCGAAUGUCAGAACCAGAAAUCCCAUCAAUCCAAUGUAAC